GUCGAGACGACAAAAGAAGAAGAAGAAGAAAGCGCAAGGCGGCAUGUGGAGGAAGUUGCGGAAUGCGGCCUGGAGCUAUCGGCGUUUGCUCUUGGUGUUGGCGACGCCGCCGUUGCUGCUUCCUCUUCCUCUCGUUAUCGCCACCAAGGAGUCGUAUUGCGCCUUCGUUCUUCUUCUGAUGGCCAUCUUCUGGACCACCGAAGUCAUCCCGCUGCCCAUCACCGCCAUGUUUCCCGCCAUCUUCUUUCCCGCGUUUGGCAUCAUGACGUCGUCGCAGGUGGCGGCAGCGUACUUCAAGGACUUCCACUUCCUCCUGAUCGGCGUCAUCUGCCUGGCCACCUCCAUCCAGAAGUGGGGGCUCCACCGCAGGGCGGCGCUGCGACUGGUCGGCGCCGUGGGCGUCCAGCCGGCCCGGUUGACGCUGGGAUUCAUGGCGGCCUGCGGUUUCCUCUCCAUGUGGGUGCACAACACCUCGGCCGUCGCCAUGGUGAUGCCCGUCGCCGAUGCCGUCCUCCGACAGAUCCGGCGGGCCGGCGAGGGGUGCGUCUUAUUUUUUUUUUUUCCAAAAGGUUUUUCUUUCUUGUCGUGCACGUUGAGAAGAACAACAUGCGCAUUGCUCUUUCGUUGUCUCAGGGAAGAGCAGAAACCUCCGGAAGAAACGUCGUCAUCAUCUUCAUCAUCAUCUUCAUCAACAUCAGAAGCCACUCAGUCGGCGUGUGCGCCGGCGCCCCCUAGCGAAGCCAUGGUGGCCAAGGCCAUGUGCAUGGGCGUGGCCUACGCCUCCAACAUCGGCGGCAUCGCCACCUUGCCGGGAACGUCGCCCAACCUCAUCUUCUCCGAGUACCUUCACCAGAUUUACCCAGAAUGCCGCUGCGUGGACUUUGGCAAGUGGCUGGCGUUGUGCUUUCCCGUCAGCGCGCUGGCGUUGCUGCUCACGUGGGCGUGGCUAUGCUGGCUCUUCAUCGGCUCCGACCCGCGGUUGCUAUGGCGACGCCGAGGCCAACUCUCCCAGAGGGAAAAAGCCGCAAGAAAAGUCAUCCGAGAUGAGUACGCGGCGCUGGGACCCAUGAGUGGGCAGGAGGUGUUCACUCAGGUGGUCUUCGGCCUGAUGGUCUUGCUGUGGUUGACGCGAUCGCCGGGUUUCAUUCCGGGCUGGGCCGCCUUCUUCCCGCGUCAUGCCGGCUACGUGACCGAUGCCACCGUGGCCCUGGUCCUGGGAGUCCUCUUCUUCCUGGUGCCCGCCCACGGACCCUCGCGGAAAUAUGAGAGCAUGAUCUCCUGGGAGGAGUUCCAGGCCUCCAUGCCGUGGAAAGUGGCCCUUCUGGUGGGCGGAGGCUUCGCCCUGGCCGAAGGCACAAAGGUGUCCGGUUUGUCCCGGUGGGUGUCAACGCUACUGUCCCCUCUCGGCAAUCUCCCCCCAGUGGCCACCGUGGCUGUCGCUUGCAUCAUUGUCACCAUGGUAACCGAGCUGGCCAGCAACGCCACCACCAUCACCAUCUUCCUGCCCAUCCUCUCGCCUCUGGCCGAAGGCAUUCGUGUCAACCCCUUGUCGGUAUUGAUCCCAGCCACGUUGUGCACGUCCUUCUCCUUCCUGCUGCCGGCGUCCAAUCCUCCCAACGCUGUGGUUUUCGCCUACGGGCACUUUAGCGUGGCAGACAUGGUGAAGGCGGGACUGGGCGCCAACGUGAUCGGCCUCCUCGUCGUCUUAUUGGCCGUGACUACCUGGGGCGUGCCUUUGUUCUCACUGGAUACAUAUCCCGAUUGGGCGCCGCCAUUCAACGCCACCGUGCCGCCGUGA